CACAGCCCUCCUUCCAAUUGCUGAAGAGAGAGGGGGAGCGAGAGAGAGUUUAAGGCAGGCUCUGCACUGGUGUUCUGGGCUAUUUCAACUUCAGGGCAACUUUAGAGAACUUCAGUUACUUUUGGUUCUGGACGACAGCUGAGACCAGCUGAGCCUCUAGGAGAUGCUGAUGCAGAUGCAGAGGAUGAAGAUUCUGUUAAUGAAGUGGCAGUAGAAGACAUCCGUCCAAGGCCACAGGGAUCCUCUCCAGUUUAUGAAUAUUCCAUAGAAGAAGAAUAUUUAAAGCUUCAAGAAGAAAAAAAAAAGUAUUCUACAGACAAAUCAAAACAUCAUCCACAGGAGACAAUGGAAGUGACCCUGAAAACAGAAGUGGAAGCUGGUGCUAGUGGUUUUAGUGUGAUAGGUGGAGGAAAUGAAGGAAUAUUUAUUAAAAAAGUACUGAAAGAGUCUCCUGCUUCAAAAAUAUUUAGUCUGAGAGAAGGUGAUCAGCUUCUAAGUGCUACGAUAUUUUUUGAUAAUAUCAAAUAUGAAGAUGCACUCAAGAUUCUCCAAUAUUCCGAGCCAUACAGAGUCCAAUUCAGCCUCAAAAGAAAAAUUGCAGGGAAAGAAGAGUUAGAACACACUCACUCUACAGCCCAGCACAAAAAGGAAAGAAGAAGCCAGGAAAAAGAACUCAGUGAGAGCAUUCCUGAAGAAACACUGCAUAUUUCAGGAAAAGCCAUUUCAGAAGAAGACCGGGAAACACUAAUUGUAAGCCAAAGGGUAGGAAGAAGCAAGAGACCUAAAAAAGAUAGAUUGUCAUGGCCAAAAUUCCAGUCAAUCAAAAAUAAAAAGAUACUGGGGCACAGAAGAUCUCAUAGUACAUCAGAUGCAUAUGAGUCUGCUAUACAAGAUAUUUCCCCUACAAGCACAGACACAGAGUCUCAAUUUCAACAAGAAGUCCAUAUCAAAGAAAAAAAAGGAAGCCAAAAGAAACUGAAGUUCCCAAGCAUUGGAUUCAAAAUGCACAGAUCCAAAGCAGAACCUCAAGACAGGCCAAAAAAAGAAAUAAAAACUACACUGUUAACUGAAAGAGAGAAAAUACAUAAAGAAGAUAUCAACCUGGAAAAUCCUGAAAUUUUAACUGUUGAGUAUACCACAUCACCUGCUUAUGAAAUUGAAAGAGGAGAGGUACGUGAAACUUUAACAAAAGACUUAAGCGAUAUGCAAAAUGGCAUUCCAUCUCAUGCAAAAAAAUGCCCUGAAGUUGAAAUAAGCAUUAAAAAACAAAAAGAAAAGGAAUCAACAUCAAAAUUUACUGUACCUGAAGUAUCAGCUGUAGCAACACAGAUAACAAAGCCCAGUUUAGAAAUACCUGAUCUGAAAGAAAGCCCAACUAAACAAGUACUGCCAUCCUCCUCAAAAUCUCGAAAAAAGAAGCAGAAAGGAACAGCAGAUAAAACAGAAGGAGAAAGUGGAAUUAACAUAGACAUGAUGGGACCCACAGCACAAGAAUCUAUACAGGUAAAAGGUCUAGAAAUAGCUGCUAGAGCAGAAUUACACACAUCUGACAUGCCGGAAACAAGUGAAAAACAAGCAGAAGAAGACAUACAAAUACUAACAAUUCAACAAUCAAAAUUUGGGAUUUCGAUGACCAAAAUAAAAGAGCCAGAGCCUAAAAAGACCAAGCUGGGAAGUGAUGAUCCACAUGUGGAACCAGAAAGAAUAGGUGAUAUGAGUUCAGAGGACAGCAGGAAUUUGGAUAUGAAAACUAACAUGCCUAGUACAGAAUCGGAAGUAUCUACUUGGAGAAUACAAAUGCCAUCAUUAAAAAUUAAAAAAACACCUAAAACUGACAUAAAAAUACCAGGAGAAGGAAGCACAACAGAACAAGUAGAUACUGUGACAAAGGCACUGAUAGAAGAUGGCAUGCCAACAAGUGAUAAAACUUUGAAGAUGGACUUUGGCAUGAAAACAGGAGAAAAAGAUAUGGAUGGAAAAGAAAGCAAAUUCAGACUACCAAAAUUUAAAAUGCCUACAUUUACCUGGGCAACUGCAAAAGAUGAGACAGAAGGUCAC